AUGAUGCGUACCGCAAAUUUCCUCCUCCUCGCCCUGUCGCUCCUCGCUGCCACGUGUCAAUGCCUCUCUGUCCGGCGUAAAAAUGGGCCGAGCGGCAGUGGCGGCGGCGGUGGCGGCGGUGGUGGCGGCAGCGGUGGUGACGGCAAUGGUGGCGGCAGCGACGGCGGCAGCGGUCUCUAUAUCGUGCGCCUCCACUCCGCGCUCCCCCUCGCCGCGUAUCGCGGAGCCGUCUCCAGCUUCUCCGGCUGGGCGGACGACAACGAUGACGACGAGAGUAGCGACAGCGCCGCCCGCCCGGCAGGGCUGAUGGCGACGGCGGAGGCGGUGGACGAAGAGGUGACGGCGACGGGCGGCAGGGUGCCGCGCCGCGCGCGGCUCAGCAAGAACAACCCGCAGGUUAAGGCGUACGCGCAGAUGCUGCAGACGCAGCAGGCGCAGAUCGCGUCGGAAGUGGGCGUGGCUUCGGACAAGAUGGCGUACAGCUACAAGUACUCGUCCAACGGCUUUUCGGCGGAGCUGACGGCGGAACAGCUGCGGCGGCUGAAGCGCCACCCCGCCGUGGCGUCCGUGCGCCCGAGCGCGCGCAAGCGCCUCUUCACGACCGAGUCGCCCACCUUCCUUGGGAUGAACAGCGCCGGGUCGCUCUGGCCCGCGAAUGGCGGGCAGGCGAAGGCGGGCGACGGUACGGUAAUUGCCAUCGUCGACACGGGGAUCUGGCCGGAACACCCGUCGUUUAGCGACACGGAGUUCUCCUCGUCGCGGCCUGCUGGGUGGUCGGGGAAGUGCGACACCACGAAGGAUUUUAAGUGCAAUAACAAGCUGAUCGGUGCGCGCGCGUUUUAUAAAGCGUAUAAAAGCGCCAACGGGCUGGAUCUCUCCGGGGAUUGGCUGUCUCCGCGCGACGCCAACGGCCACGGCACGUGGUGUGCGGGAGCGGCAGCGGGAAACAAGGGAGUGCCCAUGGCGGGCGGCAAGGCGAGCGGCAUGGCGCCAGCAGCGCGCCUCGUGGCAUACAAGGUCUUCUGGUCGUCCAGCGAUGGGAUGUGGGCGGAGGAGGCAGACAUCAUCGCAGCCGUAAAUCAGGGCGUGGCGGACGGCGUGGAUGUGAUCUCGCUCUCCCUGGGCGCCGUGAACCCCGAAGACACCUACUUUGAUGACAUCGCCUUCCUCAACGCUAACUUGGCGGGGGUGGUCGUGACCUUUGCUGCGGGCAACGACGGUCCCCCCCAAGGAUACCGCUCGCUCGACAACUAUGCACCCUUCUACCUUACAGUGGGCGCCAGCACCAUCGCCCGAGGCGGCCUCACUCUUGCCAGCUCAGCGGGCGCAUCCAGGUCAGCAGCAGCAUCCACCAAUCUGACGUCAUCCUCCGCCACACCCUCCGCCAAGCCCUCAGCCGGCGAUUCCGCGCCCAACGUGGCCGAUUUCUCCUCCACGGGUCCCCUCAUCUUCCCAGACAUCGGCACCGGCGGUGGCCUGGCCACCGACUCAAUCUUAAAGCCCGACAUUGUCGGCCCGGGAGUGGACCUCUAUGCUGCUGCCCCGGGCACGCGCGUGGGCGACAAGGGCGGGUCGGCUCAGCUGUCCGGGACGUCCAUGGCGACGCCUCACCUGGCGGGGAUUGCUGCGCUGGUGAUGCAGAAGUACCCUUCUUGGAGCCCCGCGCAGGUCAUGUCUGCCAUCAUGACCACAGCUACAACCAAGGACGUCAACGGCGCUGCCAUCUCUAGUGCCGCCUCAGGGCAAGCCGCCACGCCAUGGGAUAUGGGCAACGGGCAUGUGUUCCCACCCAAGGUUCUCGACCCCGGGCUCACGUAUGACGCCCGGAAAAGCGCUUAUCUGAAUUUCCUGGCCGGGCUGGACAUGCAGAGGACCCGGUCAGAGUACCCGAAUGAGAAGCUCACCUCUGUGCCUCCCAGAGAGCUCAACCGCCCCACCAUCGCACUUGCCAGCCUCAAAGGCAAGAUAAAAGUCACACGCACUGUCACCUGUGUCGCUGACUCUGCCUCCACUUACACUGCCAAGAUUCAGAAGCCUAAUGGGGUGGAUGUUACUGUGAAGCCCAGCAGCUUUGCCAUCUCGCCUGGUCAGAAGGUCAGCUUUGUGGUGACCUUCAAGGUUACUAAAACCUCAAAAAACUUUCAGUAUGGGAGCCUCACUUGGGUGGACGAAAAGGGUCACUCUGUUCGGUCGGCGAUUGCUGUAAAGCCUGUCAGGAAGUGA